AUGGUGAGGGCCGCCGGCGGAUCGAUCAACUCCCACUCAUGUACCAAAUGUGUCCAGACAGCGGAUAUCCAGCAACAGUACCUCGAACUCACUCAGGAAGCCAUGGCCAAGUUCACCAUCGAGAAGGACAUUGCCCAACACAUCAAGCGAACCUUCGAUGAGCGCAAGGGUCCUACAUGGCACUGCAUUGUUGGCCGUAACUUUGGUAGCUUCGUGACCCACGAAACCAAGCAUUUCAUCUACUUUUACCUCGGCCACUGCGCGAUCCUCCUGUUCAAGACCCAAUAA